GGAUGCAAAACCCCUGAACUCUGUCUGGACAGUGCAGAUUGGCUCUGUGCUGAUCACAUGCACUCUCCCAAAAAAAAAAAACCCUCUCUAGCAAUACACACCAAACUGAGCAAGUGCAGAAUGCUUACUCAGUAUUUCUGCUAUAGGGCAGAGGGGAAGCUGUUAAACAAGGGGAGGAACAGAGCACAAAUGGCCUUUUACACAAUACAGAGAAUUAUUCCCUUAGGUUCCACAGUGAGUAUAACAAGCAUGCUUUACUGCAAAUACAGACUGAUUUUACUGUGGUGGGUUUAG